CGAUAAGAGGGUUUUCUCCGCAGGGGUGCUCCGUCACCUUUUUUUUUCUUCCUGAUACUAGGUAUGAGCAUUGAGGGGUACUUAAACAGUACACUGCCGCUCUGAGAGUCAAACAAUCCACGCCGCCAUGGAGGUCACUCCCACCAAUCUCGAGCGGCAGCCGACACCGAGCAAGACGCCGCUUCCUCACAUUGGACUCCCGGACGGAUCCAGUAGCUCGCGCACACUCCUCGAGCGCAUCGAAGGAUGGGAGGACCGCUUCGGCGUCGAAGCCCGCGGGAUCCAGCGAGUGCCUCCGAGCGACCGCAACCCGGUGUCGCUGUUCGGGACUGUACAGAUCGCACUCAGCUGGUUCUCCAUCAAUCUCGUCGCGAAUAAUACCCUCGUCGGUAUGCUCGGGCCGUGGGUCUUCAGGCUCUCGUUCAGGGAUUCCGCCCUGCUGUGUCUGUUUGGGAAUAUCCUCGGUGCGGUCGGCCCGGCGUAUAUAUCUGGCCUGGGUCCCAAGAGCGGGAAUAGGACCAUGGUUAUCUUGCGCUUCGUGUUUGGGUGGUGGCCGGCUAAGCUUUGCGCUUGCUUGCAGCUGAUUGGAACUCUGGGGUAUGGGCUGUUGGCGGCAUUGAUUACGGGGCAGAUAUUGUCUGCGGUUUCGACGGAUGGAAAGAUGAGCGUUGUCGUGGGGGUGAUCAUUGCGGGAAUCGUUGUGAUGGUGGUCUGUGUGGUCGGAAUGAGAGUCUUCCACGUCUACGAACGGUACGCUAUGAUCCCCUCACUCAUCGUCUAUUUCAUCAUGAUCGGCAGUGCGGGGCCCAACUUCAACACAACAGCGCCGUCCCUAGGCACACCCGACGUCAUCCGUGGGAACCAAAUCAGCUUCUUCUUCGUCGUCUUCAACACGGCGUUUAUCUGGAGUAUGUGCUCGGCCGACUACUUCGUCUACUACUCCGAGACCAUGCCACGGGCUGUUGUGGGAACGAUGUCACACAUCGGCGUGUGUUUGGGUCUCCUCUUCUCCGAGCUCAUUGGCGUUGGGCUCGCCUCGGGUGCGGCUUCGAAGAUCGAGUGGGGGGAUGCGUUAAGCGUCAGUCCAGGUGCCAUGAUGGCGGAAGCAUACACGCCUCUGGGUGGAUUCGGGAAGUUCUGCGCUGUAGUGCUGGCACUAGGUCCCAUCGCAAACACUAUUCCCGGCAUCUACAGCUCCGCCCUGGCGUGGCAGAUCCUGGGUCGCGGCUGGGAAAAAGUACCGCGUGCAGUCUGGACCGUGUUUGGCAUUCUUGUGUACACGAUCUGCGCCAUCGUCGGUCGCAACAGCAUCUUCACAAUCUUUGAGAACUUCCUCGCGCUCAUGGGACCAUGGGUAGCCGGCUGGGUAACGAUCCAACUUUCCGACGAGCUCGUCUUCCGCCGACACCGUAAAUGGAGAUGGGAGGAUUGGGAUAAGCCGGAGAAGCUCCCUGUUGGCAUCGCCGCGUUGGCAGCUUUCCUGGUGGGAUGGGCUGGUGCCAUCCUGGGCAUGUCCCAGGUCUGGUGGGUAGGGCCAAUCGCUAGAAGGGCGAAGGGAGAUCUGGGGGUGCCCAUUAUGAUGGCCUGGGCCGCUUUGGUGUAUCCCCCUCUGAGGUGGCUGGAGAUGAGGCACUGCAAGAAAUAGAGCGGUCUGCAUUCGGGGAUCCCACCUCCGAAGCAAGUGCUGAAUAAACACCGAGUACAUACAC